ACAACGUCUUUUAAGCUUCUAGACUACAACGACAGAGUCUUUCGUGGCUUUAAUUAAAAUUUUCUAUUACAGAAAUAAAUUAAACUGUCAGAAUUAUAAUUUACUCACGAAGUGAAUAAGUAGGUCAAAGACAUACGGAUAAAGGAUAUUAAAAUAGCCUAGGUAAACUAUGGAAGGCCACAAGAAAGCAAACAUUUAAUUAUAUUUAUUACGUCAAAAUAUUAGAAUAAUUAUAGUUCCGCUUCACAAGUGCGCUAAAAUAUCUGCGUAUAGAAGACAAAAUAUGUCUCAUUUUCUGACUUAUGGUUCAUCCAAUAAAGACGGAACGGGAGAGACAUUGGAGUACUGUAUAUUUACUUUGCCAAAAAUUGUCAUUAAUUUUCUUUCACCUUGUGCCAUUUUAAAGCGAGAUUUGUCAUCAGUGAGUAAUUACAAUAAACAUCGAUACCUAAUAUAUAUAAACUGUAGAUCAAGGCAAAGUUUUUGGUAAAACCGCUGGAAAGAUGCGCGGAAAGAGGGGUUUCCGAGGAGGCCCAAAUAACGAGAUAAAGUUCAUCAUGAGGAUGUAUAAUAGAUGUAAAUGGCUGUAAAAAUAAAUUUAUUACAGCCAUGUUUACAAUUAAUGGUAGUUAAAACAAGUAAAUUUUACAAUAGUACAAGCUGAAAUAUUCUCCAAAAAUAAAAAUUCUCUAAAAUAAAUAUGUGUGGUUAUGUUCAUAAGCGAUUUACAGGUUGACUUUUAGAAGCCAGACGGAUAUUAAUUAUAUUCUACUGUGAAUUUCUCCAUCGCUUCUAGCCCGAAAUAUUAACAAAUGGUUUAGGUUUUGAGUCUGACAGUUUUAUUUCCUAAUAUUUCCUCAUAUCAACGAAUAAACUGCUUUGGUGCAUUCGAAGGAGGUACAAGAAGAAUGAAAUGUGCAAUUGCGAAUGAAAAAGGCUUUUCUGGAGACUCCGUCCUUUUCCGAGACCCACCGGGCGCUGACCCUGCGCAGUCCUUCCUAUCUCCCCAAAGCCACAGAGCCUGGAAAGCGAAGUCCAAGUCUGAGGUGAAUUUCAGGUCACUGCGUCUAACAAAUAUGAAAAUGUCGCCUCCUGAAGGACACGCCUUGUUGUUUAACAAAGACUGUCAAUGUCCAAGAUUAAUAAGACCAAAAUGGCAAUGGUGUCACUUUUCGGUCAACGCUGAGUUAGGGGACGACCUUGCACACGGGAAAACGAACGUAUUUCUGAUUUUUUGUUUUCUUUUUUUUUGUUUAUCAAAAGUUGGGGGGGUGACCAGGGGUUUUCCCUCACGUGAGCAGAGGUGGACACCUGGGUCCGCAACCUGUCUCUGUGUCAAAGGAAAAGAAAGAGGCCGUAGAAGCAGGCAGUGAAAUAUGCGGAGAGAAUACUCUUUCGCCACACAUAACGGAAUUUGGGCAUAGACAUAGUUUUUGGCUCAAAUAAUAUAGAUAUUGAGGAUGGCCUAGAAUGAUAAGUUUUUGCUUUCGUCCUGCAAGAUCUAAAAUUUUGAUACAGUACUAAUUUGUUAAGGCUUCCUAUGCAAAAAGAUUCCUGUGAAUAUCAAAGACGGUCACCUCUUCAGUGUCUUUGACUUGUUAGAUAUGGCAGGAAAUACGAAAAUGAGAUAACGGAUGAUAUGAAAAAAGAAAUACAAAAAAUUCUGUUGACGUUUUAAAUCAGUGCUGACUAAUAUAUUAGCUUAUUAUUAGCUUUUUGUUAAAAGGCACGGACCUAUUUAAGAAAGUACUAUUUGUAUAUGUGGCAAUUCUGGCAAAUAAUAAAUGAACUCGGAGGCACUGCCCUUCUUAAUUAAAAUUAUUAUUAAAAUAAAUAAUAGAUGGAUUGACUAAUAUUUUGCAGUCAAAAUGUAGUUCGGUGUAUUAAAGAUUCACUGAUUAAAAACCUUAUCGCCAGACCCAUUAGUUUUCUUCUCGAGUGUGUGUGCUGUACAUGAGAGGAAUACUAACCUUUUCCAUGUUGCCCACGAGCAUCCAUGCCCUCCUUCACCUACCAUACUGUUCUGCACAGUAAAAUGUGUUCAGGUCUGAUGAACUGGCUUAUUCAGUCUGGCUGUAUAUAUUACAUUUGUAUUGACUGACCACCUCGAAAUACAUUGAAAUGCCAAGUGCAAUUUUUAUGUAGGAAAACUAGUGUGCAAUAGAGACAGAAAUGAAUAGGUGGAAUUAGAUGUGCACUAUGCACCAACCCUUGUGUUCAGUAAAGUGCAGCAGACAUGAUAUCAUAAUGCUGCAACUGGCCAUUUCUCUUUUAUUUUCCUAAAAUUUGUUACUUGGCUUCCAAACCUCCAUUUAAAGUUCCCCUUUCAUUUCGAGGUUUGUGCCUAUUGUAACACCAAGUUGUUUUGUGUGUGAUUUAUAUUAUACUCUAUUUUUAAAGCAGUUCAUUUGAUAAAGGGUGUUGGGAUUUAAAAUAUACAUGUAUAUUGUUUUGGGAAAAAAAAACUUCUUUUUGACAACAGAAAUGUUUGUUUAAUUCAAAUGACCGCUUAAAACGUAACACCGCAAAACACGAACGCCUGCAAUGAACGUUUUUGGCGUUUAUAUUUUCUUGUGGGUUUUAAUACAAUUUGCAAAGCGCCAAGGUUGAGCGGCCAAUUUCGUUUGGUUCACGGCUCGUUUUCUAUUGGUGUCUGUUUACACGAUGCCCACUGGAGAUUCCGUGAUUGGUGGACUCCGUCACGUGACCCCCCAACUUUGUACAUUUGACAGUGAGUAGGAGGGUUUUGUUGAGAUCAGAAAAACGAAAGCGCGAUAAAAAUUAGCAUUGUUGCACUUCACAAAUUAAUGGUCAUGAGUUCUUAUUUGAUAAAUUCCAACUACAUCGAACCGUCUUUCCCUCCGUGCGAGGAGUACCAGCAGAAUGGAUAUAUCUCGACCCCUUCUGACUACUACGAGCGGCCGAAAGAUCCAGGCUUUUCUCAUCACGAUGAGGCGCCGUAUCAGCGGUCAAACUACACGGAGCCAAACUAUGACUUCAGCGGCGCUGCUUCUAACGGGCUGGACGGUUUUCCCGAUGGAAGUCAUGUUCAACCCCAACACAUCCCUCAGAACCCGGGUCCCCAGCGGAUUCCCAGUGGUGAUGGUGUCGUAGCCGUUGCCAAGGACUGUAGCCUCCCCAACGAUACAUUCACAAACGCACAGAAGGCGAAAGAGCCCGUGGUCUACCCGUGGAUGAAAAAGGUGCACGUUAACACCGUCAAUUCCAGUUUCACUGGAGGAGUGCCCAAGAGGUCCCGCACCGCCUAUACCAGACAGCAGGCUCUAGAGCUCGAAAAAGAGUUCCAUUUUAACCGUUACCUAACUAGACGUCGACGUGUGGAGAUAGCGCACACUAUGUGUUUGUCUGAACGCCAGGUAAAGAUCUGGUUUCAGAAUCGAAGGAUGAAAUGGAAGAAAGAUCAUAAACUUCCAAACACUAAGGUCCGUUCGGCCGGCUCGUCGUCUGGAAACCAACAAAUCAAAUCGCCCUGUCAGCAGCAGCAACAGCAACUUGUUCCAGCGCCUUUGUCGGCGAGCCUAUAGUGACAGACAGCUACAGACAGCGCUUUGACCGAACUGACUGCAAAGACCGAUGUCAGAUUUGGACAGCACUUAAUAAUGAAUCGAUGGACCACUUCUCUUCUUUUUUUUUGUUUUUACUAGAGUAAUUAAUAGCACAUGCUUCAACUAUAGAAUAUGCAUAUAUUUCUCGCAUAAAUACAUAUAAGACUUAAGGUAUGAAGGACUUGAUGUGACAUCUGACAGCAAUUUUAUUGGAAAUACACGGAGAACUGAGGUGUACUGAUGAGAAAUGACAGUUUUAAUGUUUUGAAAACGGAGUUUAAAGUCAUGUCCAGGUGACUGCCCUAUGUAAACCAAGCAAAUCCUCUUAGUGGUUGUAUUAUGUGUGUUUGGUAGAGACGUAGCUCGUUUAGUGCGCUUGAAAAUCCUGUGUUUGUGUAGGCCUACCCGUGAGUGUGUGUUUUUGUGGAGCAGUGAUUCAGACUGUGAAUAUGUGUACCUGUGGUAUUAUGUCAUAUUGUUUAAAGAUAUUAUGUGUUAUAGUCUAUGCAAAAAACU